GGGGGCGCGUCUGCAAGAGCGCGGGAAAACGUCUGUGUGGGGAAUGGCGGUGGACGAGUACAAUAGAAAGCUAGAGAUACGUCGACAGAAGUAUGCCUUCGGGAAAGAUCUGCUAGAGGUGAUUGCGCAGGACUCCACUCCAAAGGAGUUGCAGGGCGUGUGCACAGCUGCGGCAAAGAUGGGCAGAAAGAUUGGGAAAAUAGAGGACGCGACACAAGAACUGAAACAAGAGGUUUUGCAGCGAAGGAGAGAUAUGGAGGAAGAAAUGAGAUCAGAGUUUGUGGAAGCCACUGGUCAAGACAGAGAUCCAGACACCACGGUGGUUCAGGAAGAGAUCGAACGUGUCAGUCAGCAAGUAAAGGAAAAAGAAAAAAACUGCAGCAAACUCAUCAAGGAGAAAAAGAUGCUGGACUACGACAGGCUGCAGCGCAAGGUGUUUAAAGGAAUUGCUCCUAUUCACUUCGACAAGACCUCCAGUGACUCACAUGUGAAAGGCUGUAUCCUCUCGUGCUAACAUUUUACAGUGAUAAGCUUUGAAAAAGGUCCCAUUCAUUGAACCGAGAACAUCUCUCCAUAAAGUGCACUUAAUUCUGCUUCAUAGCCCAAAAUAAGGGACAUUAUAAUAUACACUUUCGAUGUUCUGCCCCUCAUUAAGAGGCUUCACUAUAAUUCAAUUUUCAUAGGUGUUUCCACGCAUGUUAAUGUUUUCAUAAUCAUGCAUACUUUGCAUUAGUGUGUACUAUGCAUUGCUUUGCCCCUGGUUUAAAAUUAUAGCUAUUUGGCUAUGUGAUUGUACCGUUCCUUCACUCGUAGUAUGUUCAGAUAUCACAAAAAAGAACGGAGAACUUUUUCCUUUUGAAUUUGAUAUGGACAAACAAAACAGUUGCACAGUAGCUGAAACUCUCUGGGAUAAUUUGUAGCCGUUUUAUAUACCACCAUCACAUUUAC